AAUCUUAUUAUGUUUAAACAAAUUUCAAUCCGCGCCUCCACCCGUCGAUUUUUCCCUCGCUUCCUUCAUCCCACUGUGGUCGCUCCCUACCGCCGUCGCCGCCGCCGCCGCAUCCCGCUGAAACCACUGCCGCCGCCGCCGCAUCGUUUCUGGAGGUCUCAGAGUCUCUGCAACGUUGCUCACCGUCCUCAGCCUCUUCGAACUUCUUUUCCUUCUUCCAAGGAUCCCAGUGAAUGUGAGUGAAGGAUCCGAAAAGAUAAUGAGGGGCUUUCUUUGGGAAGGUGUGGAGGAGGGGGGUGGGUCAGAUCUUGUAAACUGGAAAGAGGUGUCUAAGCCUUUGGAAGCGAGUGGUUUGGGCAAUGGGAAUUUGUGACUAAGGAACGAGGCUUUCUUGGCUAAAUGGUUAUGGCGAUUCCACGAACCUAACGCCUUGUGGCGAAAGAUUAUUGUGAGCAAGUAUGGGCUGCAUCCGUUUGAUUGGGUUCCGGCAUGUGGGUCUAAGCAGCAUGCUUUUGAAGAGUUCCUCUUUUAAUCUAGUUCCGGCAUCGCCACCUCUUCUUUCUCCUCUCUUCUCCAACCCACCCUCCAGGGCAAAUCUUACUGAAAAUAUAGCCAUCGAGGGAUCCAAUCUCAGUUUCUCAAUCACAACGAGGCAGGGGAAAAUUGUGCCUAUUCUGAGGGAUUGCUCACUCCGGAUCCCUUCAGGGCAGUUUUGGAUGCUUCUUGGACCUAAUGGUUGCGGAAAAUCAACCCUCUUGAAGGUCUUGGCUGGUCUGUUGAAUACAACAACUGGUGCAGUAUACGUCAAGAAGCCAAAGUGUUUUGUCUUCCAAAAUCCGGACCAUCAGGUUGUGAUGCCUACUGUGGAAGCCGAUGUUGCGUUUGGCCUUGGUAAGUUAAAUCUGACCAAUGAUGAAGUCAGAUCAAGGGUUUUGGAAGCUCUGAGUGCAGUUGGCAUGUCUAGCUACCUUCAGAGAUCCGUCCAAACGCUGAGCGGCGGUCAGAAGCAAAGAGUUGCCAUUGCUGGUGCCUUGGCUGAAGCAUGUAAAGUUCUUCUAUUAGAUGAACUGACCACAUUUCUGGAUGAGAAAGAUCAGAUGGGGGUGAUCAAGGCAGUUAGAAAUUCUUUGCAUAAUUCUGAAGAUGUUACAGCAUUAUGGGUGACCCAUCGCUUAGAAGAACUCGAGUAUGCGGAUGGCGCUAUCUACAUGGAAGACGGGAAAGUCGUAAUGCACGGUGAUGUGACAAGUGUUCAAAAUUUCAUCAAAACGAAACAGUCGGAUUAUAUGAAGCGUAUUUCCUAUCCAUGACUCUCAUUGAUGUUUCUUUUGUUACAUUAUAAUUUAUAAUGACAUUGUAUUAUAUAAUUUUGUAUCAUUUUGUUACCUAAUAAAAUCAUUGUGUUAAUGAUUUUGCUA